GUCAUCCAGCAGCCCCAUUGCAGUUUCGAGUUCCUGGCUGGUGGCGUGGCACCUCGUUCCCUCCGAUCGAGUCCGCGACUAAGAUACACCCCGACUCGCUAGCGAGCAGGCAGGCAGAAUGGAGCGCCACGCCGAGAAGCCGCUCCUCGUGCUGCCCUCCUGCCUCCUCUUCCUUGUCCUCCUCCUCGCCCCGCUCGUCUCCGCCGUCCCCACGCCAAGAAGCCUGCGCCUGGGGAGCCACCAGCAGCACCCGCCGCCGGCUCUGAAGCUCAGUUACUCUCAGGACACGACGGCGAUCGCGGCGGCGAUGAUGAAAAACACGGGCAGGCCGACGGCGAGGGUGGACGUGGAGGUGAACGACUACCAGCCGUCCGGCCCCAACAACCGCCACGACCCACCCAAGGGUCCCGGAAGACCUUGAACGGGGGCCGGCUCAGCUGGACGACGACCCGGCCAAUCAAUAAUCCAACUCCGUCGUCGUCGUCGUCACACCGGUAGUACAAAGUGCGUCGCUUGUGCUAGCUCCUCUACUCUAGUUCUAGUAGAAAUUAAGGUCGUCGAAACAAAGUCACCUAGCUGCGUUUGUAUAUAUAUACACCGGCCGCGCGUGUGUAUGGCUGUGUCCUGUGUGCAAGGCACAUCGGUCAUCGGUGCAGUGGGUUGUGUUGUUCUUAGGCUGGUUAAUUGGUUGCUGUUCGUCGGAAAGAACUCCACUGCAUGCAGAUCGAUUUGCAUCUCCUGCAGCAGGUGCCGGUACAGUGUACCAGCAGAUUGAGAUUGUCCAGCUUGUUAGUUC